AUGUCUCUCGACCUACAUUUAUGGUGCGGAUUCUCGCACUGGGCCGGAAAGCCAGGUGACGAGAUGCCAACAAGUGCCGCCGAAGCAAUCUCCAAAAUUAAAGAAUGGCACGCAUCCAGCAAACCAUUUUUGACAAAAGAGGCUAUCAGAGAUAUUAAUCGACAGAUCAAUCAGAACCCGAAGAAAGGCGAUAAGAUCUCUGUGGUCGGGCUGGAUGGUGUGAGGGUUGAUUUCGAUGUCGAGACGGGGAAGACUUUCCCUCAACAACGUGAUAAAGAAUAUGUAGUGGGAAGACCAUGCAUACAGUUUUACGCAGUUCAGCAUCUUGAAGAUGAAUUCAAAUGGAAUGACGACCUGCACCGGGCAUACUGUAAUAUGCGAAUCUCACAUUUGGCGAGCAUUAGGUAUAUGAGGUCCAAGGAACCAGCGUCAGGCUACAAAUCUGAGCCUAAAGAGUCUGCUAUUCAGCGAUUCGAAAAGAAUAUCAAAGCCUGGGAAGAAAGUGACCAUUGUCGGCAGGUAAUGGCUACUUUAGCAGCAGCAUAUAUUCCGCAAGAUGUCGACAAGAUUGUUGGAUUUGCGUGUGGCACAAUGGCCCUUGCAGCUGGAGUGCCUGAACAGCGUGCCUCGGCGUUUCAGCAUGCGCUGCUUUUGACAUUGAGGAGCUUGCUGGAGAAGACCAGGGGAUCCAGCGACAAAGAUAUUGCUUGCUAUGCCCAGGAUCCAAUAUACACGUCCUCCGAUAGCGAUGCUCUGGAGGCAUAUCAAAUAAAAAUAGUAGACGACCCCGACGGAUUUUUGAUAGUUGAUGACUCGUCCAUCUUGCUCUCAUGUUCUCCGAACAUACCAGUGAAGCAGAUUGUGACCGAACUUGCUCGACCAGCAAUUCUGAUUUGGAACAAGGUCUAUCCGGAAGUUGAGGGAGAUGAUUUUGCUAGAACGGAUCCGGAUUCUUCACGUGUUAGGGAAAUGAUAUUUAAUCAUUAUGAUGAAUUACCAUUUCCGUCAAGCGACGACUUUUUCAAUAUGGCGAUCUAUGUUCGACGAGCAAGUCUGGUUUGA